UAGGGCGUUGCCAUUCUAGUCAGAUUCAGGUCAGGAGCACUGGAGCAGAGCUUCUCCCUCUAAACGGCAAAACACGGGCUUGUUUAAACAGCAAGACAGAUAAAUGUCGUACAUUUCUGAGCAGAGAUGGUCUUCUAACAGAGAGUGCUGAUACUCCCCACUAUCAUCUCACCACUCUGACCCCCAUCCCAUCAUCACCAUGGAGACCACCAACAGCUACAUACUGAUCCACGGGAAGAACAUAUCCCACAAUACCCUCGCGGGUUCUGCUAUGGGGCCCCACAUGUCCAUCGACAAGCUUUUCCCGGCUCUCCUUGAGUGCUUUGGCAUCAUAUUGUGUGGCUACAUAGCUGGCAGGGCAGAUAUCAUCACACAGAGCCAGGCGAAGGGUUUGGGGAACUUUGUGUCUAAGUUUGCUCUUCCAGCUCUUCUCUUUAAAAACAUGGUGCUGUUGGACUUUGGAGACGUCAUCUGGGCGUUUCUCUGGAGUGUCCUGGUCGCUAAGGUGACAGUGUUUGUGCUGGUAUGUGUGCUGACUCUGAUGGUGGCCAGUCCAGAAUGCAGAUACAGCAAGGCUGGCUUGUACGCCAUCUUCGCUACUCAGAGCAAUGACUUUGCCUUAGGAUACCCUAUAGUUGAUGCUUUGUAUCGGAGCACAUAUCCAGAGUACCUCCAGUACAUCUAUCUUGUUGCCCCGGUCUCCCUCAUGCUCCUCAAUCCUAUCGGCUUUGCUCUUUGUGAGGUGCAGAAGUGGAAGCAGGCCAGCCAUUCACACAGCACUCUUGGCAUCCUGGGAGUUGUAGUCCUACAGGUGUUGAAGAACCCAAUAGUAUUCAUGGUGAUAGUAGGAAUCAUCUCCCACUUUGCCCUGGGCCAGCAGAUUCCUGCUGUGCUAUCACAGUUCAUAGAUGGCUUGGCUAACUCUUUUGGAGGGGCUGCCUUGUUUUACCUCGGCCUCACUAUGGUCGGCCAGCUUAGAAAACUAACCAGAGACACUGGAGUUGCCUUGAUUCUCCUCAUCACAGCCAAACUCCUGGUGAUGCCACUGGUCUGUAAAGACAUGGUGGAUAUUCUUGAUGUAGGAGUGAACAGCACGAGUGCCAACCACACUAGUUUGUCUAACUUUGCUUUCCUAUAUGGAGUCUUUCCAACCGCACCUAGUGUGGCAAUCUAUGCUGCACACUACAACAUCGAACUAGAGGUGGUAACAUCAGGGAUGGUAAUCAGUACGUUUCUGUCUGCACCGAUCAUGUACGUGUCAGCCUGGUUAUUAACAAUCCCUCUAAUGGACCCGACCCCCCUGGUGAAAGAACUUGAAAACGUUAGCUUCAACAUCAGCAUUGUCAGCCUCGUAGCACUGGUGUGGACCAUAGCGGUGAUGUUGCUAAGCAGGAAAUUUAAGAGACUACCUCACCUUUUUGCCUUAAACCUUUUCCUGGCUCAGUUUUUAGUGUGUGUCAGUAUGGUCUUGUGGAACUUCUUGGUGAAACAAGAAAAUAAUCUGCUCAGCAAGAUUCUCACCUUCACUCUGCUCUAUGGGUCUCUGUACAGCACCUACAUUUGGACAGGUUUAAUCCCUCUCUGUCUGGCUCUGACUAACAGAGAUGAUCUGCUGAGACUCCGACCAGGAAUAUUCAUGAUUUUGGGUUGGGGGGUUCCCUUCCUGAUGGUUGGAGGUCUUCUGAUAUUAGGAGAGAGGACUGAUACCAUAGACUCUGCCUUCUUCUAUGGUAGAGCUCAGAUAAUCAGCACAGCAGUGGUGCUUGCAGUCAGCCUGGUGCUUGGUGCGAUAUCUCUGAUGGGCCUCAGCCAGGGGGACAGGGAGCAGAGCGGCUAUCAGGCCCUGAACAGAGCUGCAGUAACAGGCAUCAGUGAUGAGCUGAGGGCCCCUCACGGCCUGGAGGAUUCACAACAACCGUCACAGCCGCAGAUGGCACAUUCCCCUGCCGACAGCAUCAACUCAGGCCUCCACGGUUUCUCUCCUCUCCAGCCCAUACCUGACAUGAUAGCCUCUACGCAAAGGGAGCACACAAACAGCACAAGCCACAGUGGGGCGCUGUGUGACGGGCAGCAGGGUUCCUACUCCUCUGAGCAGCCGCUGAACCUGCCGCCACCUGGGCUUCAAACCACUGAUGAUACACAGACAGUCCGACAUGUUCUGCUCUGUCUGCUGCUCUUUGUCAGCCUGCUAGCGAACCUGUCCAGCUGUCUAUGGUGGCUGUUCAACAAAGAUCCAGGAAGACUUUACCUCGAACUACAGUUCUUCUGUGCCGUGGCAAACUAUGGACAGGGUUUCCUGUCCUUUGGGAUCUUUGGUCUGGACAGACACCUCAUCAUGCUGCCAUUCAAGAAGAGGUUGCCUGGGCUGUGGCAGGGCAGGGACAGUGAGGAUGUGAGUCCCUCCGCCGUACCAGAGGAGGUCAGACUCACCUGUACCCAGUUUGUCCGCUACCACAAAGACCAGUGUGUACAAGACAUAGUGCACACGCGCAGGUUUGGAGCAGGAGGAGGACUACAGGAGGAGAAUGGCGCCUUGAGACAUUCCUCCUCCCAUCAGCCCCAGUACCUACACCCGCAUCAGGAUCUUCAGGAGCAACUAAACUACGAGCCGCAGAAUCUGCACCAGAUUCCCCCAGCUCAUGAUCCAGCUGAAUCCUGCGGUCAGUCUUUGCUUCCAUCCCGACCCCGGCUUGAGCCAGAGAAUAAAAACCCAGCACAUAUUUCCAACUCUGAUAUUCCAGAGGAGCAGAUUCCCCAGCUCCGGUCUGACCAAGCUGAUGACCCAGCUAAUCCUCAUCACCUACACCAGCAUGGUCUUGCUUCGAGCCCACCCCAUCUCCAUCCACAUCCCCAGUCCCGUGAUGAUGAUGUGUUUCGGGGCAGUGACUUGGUGGACUGGCUGGUUAUCCGAGGACUGUGUGCUGGGCGAGCUGAGGCCCGACAGUACGGCGUUCGACUUCAGCAGGGAGGAAUAUUAGCUCACCUGACAGGCCAGCACAGCUUCAGGGAUGAACCCUCCCUGCUGUACCACUUCACACGGGAGAGAGGGGGAGAGGGGAGGGAUGGUCCCAGAUCGUGUGAGAGGAAGUGAGUAGAUAGGAGGCGAGGGAAGUGGUAUAUUUGAAGGUGUGUUUGCUUUGAUUGACAGGUGUCUUAGGCUAUUUAUGGUGGUUGCUGCCUGCUUGUCCACAUUGACUUCACCCUGUCGCCAAAAUUUGAAAGUAUCUAGCUCCAGAGGCUUCAGGUGCCGUUCGUUGAAAAA